GAGCGAGGGAGGGCGCGGCCAACUCCCGGAGGGACGGCAGGCGGAGAGAGCGGCGCCCGGGUCUGGCGCCGAGCCUGAGCCCGCCGGACGGGAGGCGGCCCAGCCGCGGGCUCGGCCUCGGCCCCAGCCCCGCCAGCAUGGCCGGCCGGACCGUGCGGGCCGAGACCCGGAGCCGGGCCAAGGAUGACAUCAAGAAGGUGAUGGCGACCAUCGAGAAGGUCCGGAGAUGGGAGAAGCGCUGGGUGACUGUGGGCGACACUUCCCUUCGUAUCUUCAAGUGGGUGCCAGUGGUGGACCCCCAGGAGGAGGAGCGGCGAAGGGCAGGUGGUGGGGCAGAGAGAUCUCGAGGCCGGGAGCGACGGGGCAGAGGCGCCAGUCCCCGAGGGGGUGGCCCUCUCAUCCUGCUGGAUCUCAAUGAUGAGAACAGUAACCAGAGUUUCCAUUCGGAAGGCUCCCUGCAAAAGGGCACUGAGCCCAGCCCUGGGGGCACCCCUCAGCCCAGCCGCCCUGUGUCACCUGCUGGACCACCAGAAGGGGUCCCAGAGGAUGCUCAGCCCCCACGUCUGGGCCAAGAAAGAGAUCCUGGGGGCAUAACUGCAGGCAGCACGGAUGAACCCCCAAUGCUGACCAAGGAGGAGCCUGUUCCAGAAUUGCUGGAGGCUGAGGCCCCCGAAGCUUACCCCGUCUUUGAGCCAGUGCCACCUGUCCCCGAGGCAGCCCAGGGUGACACAGAGGACUCGGAGGGCGCCCCCCCACUCAAGCGCAUCUGCCCAAAUGCCCCUGACCCCUGAGAAGCCGGCCUGCCUGUCCUGUCGCCCCAGGGGCCCCUUUGGCUUUUUACAAAUAAAGACCCUUUUGUAA